CUAUAUUUUUUUUUUAUUAUUGACAUUUUAAUUAUUAUAUCAAUAUGCAUCGGUUCAAGGCUCAAGGUAUUAGUUCACGAAUGAUGUCAAAACCACAAUGGGUACACCCUAAAGAUAGACUGACAAAAUGGAACAUUGUUACCGGGGAUAAGGUUGCGAUCAUUGCUGGAAAGGAUAAAGAUACCAUUGGUGAAAUCAAAAGUGUAGAUCGUAAAACAAAUACAGUGAUUGUGGAAGGAAAGAAAUUGGCCAAAAAACAUGUCCCUUUACAACCUGCUGCUCCUGAAGGCAUCAUGAGAAAAGAACAACCUAUUCAUGUAUCUAAUGUGAUGCUUCUUCAUCCUGAUACUCAAAUCCCUACUCGUAUUGAACGUCGACGUGUUGAAAAAACUCUGGAAGAUGGUCGUGUAGUGAAUCGAUGGACUCGAUUUGUUCGAAACUCUGAUGUGGAAAUUCCAAAGCCAACUCGAAAAUAUAACGAUAGAGGAAGUGAAGAAUUCUUUGCAACAUCACCUGAAGAUACUUUGAAAGUGACUUAUACACCCUCAAGUCUUGAACCUCCUGUACCAUCGGAUCUAGUCAAGGAAUUACGCAACAUUCAUAGAAAAAAAUAGAUAGAUUACAUAUUUUGCAUUUAAUAUUACAGAAAUAAAAGGAAAUCGAUAUCAGUUGUACAUUUCGUUUGAUCAUCA